AUGACAUCGAUUUCUGAAUCUUCAACCUUAUUCGAUAUAAGUAAUCAUUGUCCUCAUAGAACAACCAACAUGGAUUGUAACAAUAGCACCAAUAAUCCUUCUACCGGUGUCGAUUUUAAAUCGGAAUAUUUUCAAUAUUCAUCGCCUAUUCAACAAUAUUCUUCUCAUGGUAAAAUAGUUCCUCCUCCUCCUCCGCCAAUGGAAAUGGAUAUUUUGGAAGAUGAUCAAAUGCUUUCUUCUGAUGAAUUCAAUUCUAUAUUUGAAUCUUUUGCUACUGUUGUUGAAGGUCAAAGUCCGAAUAACAACAACAAUAUAAAUUAUUUUAAUGAAGAUGGUUGUUUAAAUUACAGUAAUGGUUUAUUGGAGGACGAACAGUUGGCCAAAGCUUUGAGUGUUAUCGCCAUGAUCUGA